AUGUUAAAAGUGUACCCAAGUCCGGGGGCGGCGCGCGGCGUGUGGGCCCUGCCGCAGCCGCCCCCCUGCACCAUGGCAGCGGAAGAGCCUCUGCCGCCGUGUUCGCCCAUGUCGCCGGACGCGCCUGCAGCACCGCCGCGCACUAUCACCAGCUACAAUCAACAUUCUGAUCUACAUCAACUCAUUUUUGAAGCCGUCCGAUCUGGUGAAGUUUCCGAAAUUGAGCGCCUUGUAGAGAAGCUUGGUGUGGAAGUGUUGAGCGCUCGGGACCAGCAUGGCUACACGCCAGCUCACUGGGCUGCAUUGGAUGGAAGCGUCGCCGUUAUGCGCUACCUCGUCGAACGAGGAGCCCCCAUAGACCUCUCUUGUUUAGGCACACAGGGUCCUCGUCCGAUACAUUGGGCAUGUCGCAAAGGACAUGCAUCGGUAGUCCAAGUUCUCUUACAAUCCGGAGUUGCUGUCAAUGCUGCUGACUUUAAAGGCUUGACGCCACUAAUGACAGCCUGCAUGUAUGGGAAGACAGCGACGGCGGCGUAUCUCUUGGGUAUGGGGGCAGCGACGCGACUAUCAGACAUCAACGGAGAUACUGCACUUCACUGGGCGGCGUAUAAGGGCCAUGCGGAUUUAGUACGCCUACUCAUCUACUCAGGCGUACCCUUGCAUUGCACUGACAAUUUCGGAUCCACGCCUCUGCAUUUGGCGUGUUUAUCCGGCAAUUUAACUUGCGUGCGACUGCUUUGUGAAAAGGUAAAAGCUGAAUUGGAACCCCGAGACAAAAACGGGAAAACGCCUUUGAUGUUAGCACAAAGUCACCGACAUUUAGAAGUUGUGAAAUUGUUACAAAAGGAGAUGAAACGGAAAUCGCAUUGGAUGCCGCCUCUAUCUGAACUGUGGGCUUUAUUAUUCGGAGGAGCAGGCGAUUCGAAAGGACCUCUUCUCUUCUUUUUAAUCUCAGUUCUUCUUUGGGGAUACCCCAUGUAUGUGAUAAGAUGCAUCCCACUGACAUGGAAUACAUUGCGUCUCUCACAUUACUGUUUCCUUUAUUGGAAUGCGAUCAUGUGGCUGAGCUGGGUCAUUGCCAAUAGACGGGAUCCUGGCUAUAUUCCACAGAAUUCGGAGACUUACUACAGAGCCAUCAGGCAGAUACCAUAUUAUGACAAAUGGAAGAAAAGGAACGUGAUUCUUUCUCGGUUGUGCCAUACCUGCCGAUGUCUAAGACCCCUGAGGGCUAAACACUGCCGCAUUUGCAAACGCUGCGUCGCCUACUUCGACCACCACUGCCCGUUCAUCUACAACUGCGUGGGCGUUCGCAACAGGAUGUGGUUCUUCUUGUUCGUGAUGAGCGUGGCCAUUAACUGCACCCUGUCUAUUUACUUCGCCUGCUACUGCCUGCUGCUCGAGGGUUUUGGACUGCUUUAUGUCCUGGGCCUGUUAGAAGCAAUCACCUUCUGUGCCCUAGGAUGGAUCCUUACUUGUACUUCGAUAUUGCACGCUUGCAUGAAUUUAACGACAAACGAGAUGUUCAAUUACAAGAGAUAUCCUUAUCUAAGAGACAAACGUGGUCGUUACCAAAAUCCAUUUUCUCGAGGACCUAUUAUGAACUUGAUAGAGUUCUUUGUGUGCUUGCCCGACAAGUGCGAUGAACAAGAUAUAUUUCACGAGGAGACCAUAUGAUGCGAGGCGCAAUGACGCAACGACCUUAAUGGACCAAGGUCUGAGAAGGAUCUUCAAAAAUAAUAGAUCUCAUUAUUAAAUGUAUAUUUUUGCUAAGCUAAGGUUCAAAUUUUAUGGACAUAUUUAGAUAUCAUUUACUUUAAAAAGACUUAAAUAACAAUCUUACGUCAAAGUUGUACAAAUGAAUUGCGACUGUUCCGAAAAGUUUAGAAAGGCGAGAGUAAGCUCCUCUGUUACAAAAAGUAUCAGCUGACUGCUAGUUUUAUUCUGGUAUUAGAAAGUAAGAGCACCGCGUUCGAAUACCACACCACUGACUGCUCAAUUUAUUGCAAUCAACAUAGUGGAAGUUAAUGAUGAACCUACAAGCCACACGCAUUGUUUCGCAACACGUUACACGACAGACUUAUGUCUAUUGAACUAAUAACAAAUGCUAAUGAUAUAUUUAUUAUAUAGGCUUGUUAUUUAAUAAACUACCUAUCUAUUUA